AUGCCAUUAAUCCCACCAUUAUCUCCGCGAUCACCAUUCUACACUCACGUACUCGAAGCCAACAACAUCUUAUCACCUAAAACAAAUAUCACCUUAAAUAAUGAAAACCACUACAUGACAUGGCUUCUUUCGGUAUCCCCAAACGAAGCGGGUGAAGUCGAGUUUAAAAACACAGAAGGCCAUUAUGUAACGUACAUGUACAUGGGCACCCCAGACCCAGAGCAAUUGGCGUAUGUUACAUUCGACACAAGGAGUGGUUUGACAUGGUUCCAAUGCGAGAGGCAUGAUGCAUCUAAAUACCCGUGGUUUAAUCGAACAAAGUCACAAAGCUAUAACAUGAUAUGGUGUGAUGACGAGCAGAAGUGCAUAACCAGCAAGAUUAUCAAAGGUUGCGAAGAUUGCGAAGGAAGAGGAAGAAUUCCUUGUACAUUUAGCGUUAGGUAUGAAGAUGGAGGUCAAGCUAAAGGGGUGAUGGGUAUCAAAAACACCGUGUUUAAAAUUAGACAAGAAAAGUAUUUGAUUAAUUUUAGGUUUGGACGUAGUUUAGAAAACAACCUCAAAGGGAUGGGGAUCAUAGGUGGAGGCAACAAUGUGUACUCUCUCCCAAACCAACUCUACACAGAUGAUCCCAGGUUUUCAUACUGUAUAUCAAGGGACCAAACUCAAAUCAACUUCGUCGAAUUUGGUCCUGAUGCAAACCUUAUAGGCCAAGCCUACAACAUGACCAAAAACCCCCACACUGAAUUUUAUUACCUUGACGUGCGUGGCAUCACGAUGGAUUUCGAAUGCUUAGAUAUGGCGGAAGAUGUAUUCAAGAUGUCUGAAUACGGAACACAAGGCUUUAUCAUAGACUCAGGCAGCACCAUAACUUAA